AUGGUCGCUUCUACAUCACUCGACGUUGUCCCUGACGAUCCAACUGCCUACAAGACACAAGCUUAUUGGGAAGAUCGUUACAAAAACGAGGAUGCGGAAACGACAUUUGACUGGUUCAAGACAUACAGCGAUCUCAAGCCGUUGCUGGACGAACAAAUAAAGAACAAGGAUGCCUCUAUCUUGAUGCUUGGUUGUGGCAAUUCGACAUUGGGCGAAGAUAUGUACAAGGACGGCUACAAGAAUAUCACCAACAUUGAUUACUCGGCCACAGUCAUUGAAAACAUGAAAAAGAGAUGUGCUGACAUGCCAGAAAUGAAAUGGCUCGAAAUGGAUAUUCGUGAUCUCAAGUUUCCCGAUCAGUCCUUUGACGUGGUGAUUGAUAAAGGCACCAUGGAUGCUCUCAUGUGCGAUCGGGGUGACGUAUGGGAUCCAUCACCAGAGUUGAUUGCCGAUGUGAAGGGCGAGGUGGAUGAGGUGGAACGUGUGACCAAAGUUGGAGGUGUCUUUCUCUACAUCACAUUUGGACAGCCCCAUUUCAGGAAACGACACUUGGCUAGAGAUUGCUGGGAUAUCGAGAUUAAGACAUUAGGCGAAGCAUUCCAUUACUUUUUUUAUAUCAUGCGCAAGAAAUCAGCAUAA